AUGUGUUUUUUUCCUGUCUCAGCUCACCACUUACACCCAAUAUCUGCCAUGGCAUCUUCGAACCCUAAUAACAACAACGUCCCCUCCGCACCCUCAUCAUCAGUGCAUGUAGGCUACGAAUCCAAUACCACCUUUGUCCAAGCCGACCCAUCAACCUUCAGAGACGUAGUCCAGAGACUCACUGGUGCAACCCAAGACCCAUCAACCCAAAAGCUCCCAGUCACUGUUCCGGCACGUCUCUCCGGAAAACCUACCUCCGGCGAGAUGGGUCCUCGGAGAUCAACCUUUAAGCUUCAUGAACGAAGACAGAGUGCAAUCAAGCUCGAGAUCAAGCUCAACAAUGGUGGUGGCAAUUCAGUUGGCUUUGGUGGGUCAACUCCAACUUCAGCUAGGCAAAGAGGCUUGCUACGGUUUGGUGGAGAGAUGUUUAUGGUGUCACCUGUAUCACCUCUGGAUCUGUUGGGACAAGGAAGUCCAAGAACGCCUAGAUCACCUCUGGAAGAAGAAGAGAGAGCCAUUGCAGAGAAAGGUUUUUACUUGCACCCGAGUCCACUCAGCACACCCAGAGCGUCUGACCCACCAGAGCUCCUACCUUUGUUUCCUAUUUCCUCACCUAGAGACAAUUCAUCUUCUUCUUAG